AUGGAAAGAUUCCAGUCAUCCAUGCGCAAACGGCUCUACAGCCUGCCGCAAAACAUUGGGCAAAAACCCUUUGUGAUGGACGAAGGAGACAACGGCGACAAGGACACUAAGAGGAAAAGUAUUCGGCUAAAACAUUUGUCCUCCCCGUCUCCUGCGAGCAGCUGCAGGAGCAUCGAAGAGGCCAGGAGCGAGGACCUGGACAGGGAGAGGGAGGUGAUCGUGAAGACCAACCUGAAUGGGGACUGCCGCCUAUUCAGGGGCAGCAUCUCGUCCAUCACAGGGCGGCAUGCUCCGGGGUCAGAUCCAGCGGAGCAGCGGCGCCUCAUCCCCGAGGCUGACGCCGGAGUCGGCGAGAGUUUCCCCGGUGAACGCGGCCCCGGGGCCCAGCAGCGGGGAGCUGGGGGUCUGAGCGGUUCAGGCGGCCAGGCGUCUGCCUUCGACCAGUCAAGUUUCAUCAAGUUGGAGGGGACGGAGCAGAUCAUACCUGAGGACGAUCGGCUGUACCAAGCUGGCUUCAUGCACCGGCAGUUUGGGGCGAUGCUCCAGCCGGGAGUCAACAAGUUCUCCCUGCGGAUGUUGGGGAGUGAGAGGGCCGUGGAGCACGAGAGGGAGCGAGUAAAGUCAGCCGGCUUCUGGAUAAUCCACCCAUACAGUGAUUUUAGGUUCUACUGGGAUCUGACCAUGCUGCUGCUCAUGGUGGGAAACCUCAUCAUCAUCCCUGUGGGCAUCACCUUCUUCAAGGACGAGCACACGCCGCCCUGGAUCGUCUUCAACGUGGUCUCGGACACCUUCUUCCUCAUGGACCUGGUGCUUAACUUCCGCACGGGCAUCGUCAAGGAGGACAACACAGAGAUCAUUCUGGACCCUCAGCAGAUCAAGAUCAAGUACCUGAAGAGCUGGUUUGUGGUGGAUUUCAUUUCCUCCAUACCCGUGGACUACAUCUUUCUCAUCGUGGAGACUCGCAUCGACUCUGACUUUUACAAGACGGCAAGAGCUCUGAGGAUUGUCCGUUUUACCAAGAUCCUCAGUCUGCUUCGGCUGCUGCGCCUCUCCAGACUCAUUCGCUACAUCCACCAGUGGGAAGAGGUUUUCCAUAUGACCUACGACCUAGCGAGCGCCAUGGUGCGUAUCAUGAACCUGAUUGGUAUGAUGCUACUGCUGUGUCACUGGGACGGCUGUCUACAGUUCCUGGUUCCCAUGCUGCAGGACUUCCCCCCUGACUGUUGGGUCACCAGGAACAAGAUGGUGAAUGACACCUGGGGUCAGCAGUACUCCUACGCUCUGUUCAAGGCCAUGAGUCACAUGUUGUGCAUUGGGUAUGGGCUGUACCCCCCCAUCGGCAUGGCUGACGUGUGGCUCACCAUCCUCAGCAUGAUCGUGGGCGCUACCUGCUUCGCCAUGUUUGUGGGGCAUGCGACUGCUCUCAUUCAGUCCCUGGACUCCUCCAGAAGGCAGUACCAGGAGAAGUACAAACAGGUGGAGCAGUACAUGUCCUUCCACAAACUCCCUGCGGACAUGCGACAGAGGAUCCAUGACUACUACGAGCACCGAUACCAGGGCAAGAUGUUUGACGAGGAGAGCAUCCUGGAGGAGCUGAAUGAGCCACUCAGAGAGGAGAUCAUCAACUUUAACUGUCGAAAACUUGUGGCAUCCAUGCCUCUGUUCGCCAACGCUGAUCCGAACUUUGUCACCUCCAUGCUGACGAAGCUACGCUUCGAAGUCUUCCAGCCGGGUGACUACAUCAUCAGAGAGGGAACCAUCGGCAAGAAAAUGUACUUCAUCCAGCACGGAGUCGUCAGCGUGCUGACCAAGAGCAGCAAAGACACUAAGCUCUCUGAUGGCUCGUAUUUCGGAGAAAUCUGCCUGCUGACCCGUGGCAGGAGGACAGCCAGCGUGCGAGCGGAUAACUACUGUCGGCUGUACUCUCUGUCUGUGGACAACUUCAAUGAGGUGCUGGAGGAGUAUCCCAUGAUGAGGAGGGCAUUUGAGACCGUAGCCCUUGAUCGCCUUGACCGCAUUGGGAAGAGGAACUCAGUACUGCAGCAUAAAGUCCAGCAUCACCAAAGCUCUGGUACUCUGAACUUCCAAGAGAGUGAAAUCAUCCAAAGAAUCGUGCAGCAUGACCGUGACAUGGCUCAGUGCACCCAGCUGAUCCAGACCAGCCUGAACCCCCCUGCACCCCCAUCUCCUACCCCAGUUAUCUGGGCCCCGCUGGUUCAGGCCCCGCUCCAGGCCGCUGCUGCCACCACCCCGCUGGCUCUGGCCUUAGCCCACCAGUCCCAGCUGCCCCCUAUCCUCUUUCACCACCCUCUGGCCCCGGGCUCCGGCUCCCUAAAGGACCCAACCAGCCAUUCCAAGAAGGUCCAUGCUGGAGCCAACACAUCCAGCAGCUGUGGAUCAGGCCCCGCUUCUCCUGCCAGCCCCACCAAGCUCAGAUCUGGGCUGGAGACUCCCACGCUGGCGUCCCUCAGGGCUCCUCUUCCACAUCUCUCCACCAGUUCUGUGUCACCUACACUGACGUCUGCGCCCAUCUUUACCAGCAGCCUGCAGCCUCUGGCCCCUCUGCCCUCCCACCAGCCCUCACCUCACCCACCACACUCCGGCAUGACUCCAGUCUUUCCCAUCGGCCAAACCACUGUCUCCUACACCUGCUCUGCCCAGCUCCACUCUCAGCCUUUUCACGGUGCUAUGACCACCCCACCUCACCCAUUAGGAUUACUCCAGCAGGGGGCACCAGGGAGGCUUGUAGGCAGAUUCCCAGCCCCCUCUGCUUCCUCCAUAAGCCCUCUGAUCUGCAGCUCUGUCAGCCCUAUCCUGAGCCAGCUGCAGCCGCCCUCUCAUGGCAGCCUGCAGCAGAUGGGGUUCAGUCACGACAGAGCAGUCAGGACGUCGAGUGGUCUGACUCUCCCGCAGUUUCCCUUCAUCACCAGCAUGCAGUCCACCUCUGGAUUUAUCCAGCCAAGGUCUGCAGCAGCAGCCACAACUGGGGCAGCAGCCUCCCUAGCCCAGCACAGCCUCGCAGGUCUCCAGUCUGCUUUCCUCCCGCAGGUUCUUCCCGAGCACUCGGCCCUCGCCUCCUUAGCUCAGUACGGCUCUGCCGAGGCUUCACCGUGCUACACGCCUCCCAUCCAGAGUCCCAGCAUACAGAGCCCUGCAAGGGGGAGGACAGUUUACCACGGUGAGCUCCCCAGCACCGCAGGCUCCCACAGCCCUCUCCUCCCUCAGACCUCAUGCCCCACCAGGGUGUCGAGCACCCCCAAAGAGAGGGCCGAGUCCUCUGUGGAUCUUUUUACCCAGGAAAUAAAGACUAUCUCAGGCUCUCACAGCUCCAUACACCAGGACAGACCUUUGGCCAUGAGCAUCUUCUCGGAGGGGACGCCAGGGGCAUCGAGCCCCUUCUCCUCCCCCAUGGCUGUCAGUAAACCUUACAGCCAAAUCCCGGGGCAAGCCACUUCCAUCAGUCGGACACAUUCAGGGUCAGAACCUCAGAGCCUGCCCAUCGGUGUUCAAUCUCCUCACGCUGCAAUGUUAGAGACUGAUCAGAAACAGUCCAAACUUCCGUCUAACUUGUGAGAUUCAGACACACCCUCCUCUAAUGCCUGAGCAGAAGGUUUCUGCAGUAGGAGGGUGUGUUUUUCUAAGGAGAUCAGUUGUUUCAUUUUUAAUCAGAGUGAAUGGAUCUGGGAGAGUAAUGGACAAUUAUGGAAUUUUUCUACAGAAUAUUGCAUCUCUAAUAUAGUAAUAAAUCCAAAACCUGUUGAUGGAUAUA